AUGCGUCUUCUUUUCCAAAAAGUCAUCAUCCAUAGCUCGUUGGCAUUCUCCAGCGCCGCGGUGGUGUCGCGGGCUGGGCUGCCGCUAGUUCAAGAUGUUGUCCCUGAAUGUUCAUUCCCGUGCUUGCAAAAGUUCAUAUCAACGAAUUAUCCGACGUCAGUUUGUGCCGACACAAAGGGUCUCGGCUGUCUGUGUACCCAGCGAUCGCUUGCGGGGUACACUAUUGGAGAGGCGGCGUUGCAAUGCGUCUUGACAUCCUGUCCCUCCCCUCAAGGUAAAGAACUGCAGGCCUACGGUUUAUGCGAGAGUGUUCACGCCGCUAUUCCCAACACGCACUCUAUACUUGCUGGCACAAUAACGGUCAGUCAAAUUGUUACUCCUUCACAUAUCCCGCCGAUGGAGACAUCGAGGAUGGGUGCUCCUCUUAGCUCCUCGAUGAAGAGUACCGCGCACGACACCACUGAUACCAAUUUUACGUCGACUACGUCGGCCACCCUAUCCAGAGAACCUACGCAAACAGUGCACACGAGUCGACAGGGGGACGUUGUAGUCGGCAGCUCUAUGCCCUCCGAACCUUAUCCCUCUCUACCACUAGAAACGAGAAAUGCCGCGUCGUCUGACUCCCUCUCUCCAAAUCAAAUAAUUGGAAUUUCCGUUGGGAGUGGUGCUGCGUGUCUAUUUGGGCUUGGAUUGUUACUCAUUUUCUUUUUACGCCGACGGAAGCGCCAGAAAAGCGAACGCCAGAAAAGCGAACCCUUCGAAAUCGGUGGGACAAUGGCCGAGCCGUCCCCUAGACCCUAUUAUUUCGAUAUGCCCCGAAUUCCAAGUACACCCAUUGGUGCUUAUAACCGCUCUACAUUUGAGCCUUUGACGUCUAUUCCUGGUUUAAGGCUCCAUCGUGCUUCUAGCAAGAGGUCUCGAACCCCUUCGGACCAACUUGAUCUGGAUGACAUAGAGCUAGAAAGCCCUUCGUCGAUGCGGACAGUCUCACGUCUACUUCCAGACAAACCCGAUUUUGAUCUCUAUGGACGUCUGCAUCCGAUAACUGAAAAAUUGGCGUCCGCCCGACCAUUAAGCGCUGUCACCAUUUUUGAAGAAGAUCCCGAUUAUCGAAAAUCAGGCUCAGAUGACAGGCGGUCAUGCGUGAGAAUGACCUAUGACUCGACAAGCCGAGCUGAUAUGAAUAACCAAUCUUUCAUUUCCCCGGUAACCGGCAACGUACAAGGUUCUGGACACUCCUAUUUAUCACCCGAGCUUACAACACAUCAAAAUCCCGUUCGAUCUAAUCCAUCUAGUGGGCGAUCUUCCGUGCUCAUGAACGGAACAGCACCGGCCCAGACUGGGAAGGAACACUUCAACGCCCGAGAAUCGUGCAUAAACGCGGGAUCUUCGUCAAGCGUAUACUCUAGUCCCCGACCUCAAAGCGGUGACCAUACGGAGCCCCGAAAUUCUGAUCAUUGGCCCCAUACAUCGGGCAUACGUGAUUCACGCGCAUCCUCAAUUACUAGCUUUGAAACAGUAGCAUCGGAUGACGAUAGGACGAACCCACCGAAACGAACCACGAAACAAUUGAGCCCCGUCAAGGAAAAUGCUUCCAGGUCUCCUACUCCGUCCAGUUACUUGCAAGUGCCUCCCCCUAUCAAUUAUUCUCGCUCGCUCCGUGGGAGAAACCAGUGGCACUCGAGAUCUGGGAGUGAUAGGGUUAAGUAUACCUACCGUACACCAGCUCCAGGUCACCCAGGAAAUAUUACAUUUGAACAAAACCCCUAUCAUUACCUUAAGAAGCCAGUACCAGCGGCAACUUCUAAUGGCACGAUGGAACCGAACGGAGGAAGCGCAGGCCGUUUUCCCCCAUCAGCUGGGUCUCGUGCAUACCAUUCACCGCCUCUUCAAGAGCCGUCACAGGGGCUCUCCGAUAUGGAUGGCGACCACAAAGGACGGCGAGGAAGCCUCUGGGAGCGAAAACUGGAUACGUCGGAAAGAGAGAUAAAACUUUCUUUGCGAACGACCUGA